GAAAUAUGAAGUUUUAAAUGAAAUUAAAAACUAUUUUUUUUUUUUUUUUUUUUUAUAACAGCAAUACUUAUUCUUCGAAGCUAUGAAAAUUUUUCUAGUAUAACGAUUGUACUUGUUUCAAUUUUUGUAUUUGGGAAAACUUCUGCAAAAAAUGAUUCUGCUGAUAUCAAUAUUAAUAAAUGUGCAAGUAUAUGCAGAUUAUGAGUCAAUAUCUCAGCAAGCUUUAGAAUCGAAUAGGCUUAUUACGACUUUGAAAACAAUACCUAAAGAAUAUGUGGUAUCACUUGAAAUGUUUUUAACCUCUUCUUUUUCCUAUUGGACUAGCAUUGUUCAUUUUACUGUAGGUGAUAAUUAUCUUAACUAUGGAGACAGAACCCCAGGCCUUUUUUUUCAUGAUUAUAUAUUGCAAAUUUGCUCACCCGUUAAUGGUAUUGCAUCUUAUUGCGUCUACUCAAAACCACUUGAACUUAUGAAAUGGACAACGAUCAAAAUAAGUCAGUUAUUUUAUAAUGGCUAUCACAACUAUACAGUUCAAAUAAAUAACGAAACAAUCAAUACAUGUAUAAAUACUUAUGCAUUAGAGUUCACAAAUGUCAAACUUUACGCCGGCAAUCCAUGGAUACCAGCUACACCUGGAUAUAUAAGAAACCUUGUUGUAAAAAAUGCUUGCUCAGAAAACGACGUAUUCUGCAAACCUUUUAUAAAUGUUUUGUUUGAUGGAGAACUAAUCAAAAGCAAACUACUUCUCACAAUUCAAAUGAACUACAUAUAUGAACCUGGUGAACUUGCUGUAAACGUUACAUGGCAAUAUUACUUACCCAUCUAUCUAAAUUUUGAAUAUGAUUUAUUAUCAUACAACUAUAAAAAGGUUUCUUUAGGCAACUUUCAAUAUAUGAUUCUUCAUGAGUUGGCCAGUAACGGAGCAAAACAUUCAAUUAUAGCAACAUUUCUCAAUACUAGCUGCUCCUCUGGUAUAUACACUAUUGAAGUUCCAAUGAAGUUGUCUUUUAAAAAUUCAUAUGGAAAUUCUUGGUCAUUAUAUCAAACGGUCAAAAAAAGUAUAUCCGAAAACUGUAAAGGAUUUAUUUCACCUCAAAAACACAUUCAAAGUAAUCAUCAAACAGAGUAUUACGGACGUGGUAUAUACUGGAAUGACGCUGUAUCUCAUUUAUACCUUUGUAUUACCCAAUACGUUCCAAGUACAAAAAGAGCUUGCUUUUUUACAAAAGAUAACGGCGUGCUUUGGGCAGGUUUGGAUUUGCGCAUAGGUUGCAUUCUUGGUCAUCACACUAUAACGAGAGAGCUUUAUGCUAUUCAUAAGAAUCAGAAAACCUAUUUAAUGUUUCAUAAUACAUAUAAAAAAUGGCUAGCUAUAACUGAUGACAAUUUUAAAACAAAGAUCUCAAGCAAUUUAAAUUGGAAUCUGUUAAAAAAAUUUGAAAAAGAUAAUGAUCAAUCUGUAACGUUUGGAACAAACCAAUGGAUGGGUAAUGGUGAGGGAUUGCAUUUUAGAAACACUUCAAAUAACAGUUGGGUUCAAAGAGUUAAAUGGAAAGAUUGUGGCAUAAACUUUUAGCUUAAUACUUAAUGCAAUCAAGAAAAUUAUUCUAAUACCAAUAUUUAAUUACAAAUAUU